AUGGAAAUAAUUUUAUUCGUUUAUCUCUUCGUUUGUAUUAUUCAUUUUUCUCGUUCCGUAUCACAUUCAGAGGUAUGUCAGUGGGAAUCAUUCAGACCGCAGUGUCCAAAGAAUGACCACGUCAUACAGAUCACAAAAGCCUACUUCGGCCGCAUGAGAUCCGGAAGAUGUUUGCAGCCGUCGGUCAACUACGUCAACGACAUGAUCGGCUGCAACAGUGACGUCACACGGAUCGCGGACGCCAGGUGUUCCGGUAGGACUUCUUGCGUCAUCGCCAUUCCGGAUAAGGAACUGGACAACCUGACGUCGUGUAGGGCUGACCUCAAGUCAUAUCUCAUGAUCAGCUACAAGUGCAUUCAAGGUUGGUUGGGUUGGGUUGGGUUAGGGAGGGGUCAUGCCAGGAUCCAGGGUCGAGUUAAGGUAGAGAAAGGUCAAAUGAUUGUUAGACUUAGAGUUGAAAAUUUUACUUGUUGA